AUGAGACUGAUUGUGCCACUCCAAGGCGUCGUCCAAGGCAGAGGCGGCCUCAUCCUCGGCUCUCUAAUCCCAUGUGCUCUCUAUUACUGCCUCCAGCUCUACCUAAAACGACGCCGACCCUCCAAACCCGAUCCACCUUCCCCCUCCCAGUCCUCCUCCAACCUGGCGGAGCUCCCCAGAACGCUGUCGCGGUCCAGCUUGUCCACCCGUGGGUCCAUGGGCCGGGUCCGGAUGUCCUCCCGGGCGAGCUGGGUUGCGAAGCCCAAUGACUCGCCGUACUAUAUCGGGUUGGAUAGGGCUUCGGAGGACCCGUACGAUAGGGUGGAUAAUCCGGAUGGGGUUAUUCAACUUGGAUUGUCCGAGAACAGGCUGUGUUUGGAUUUGAUUGAGAAAUGGGUUUCGGAGAAUCUGAUGAAAUCGAUGGUGGGAACGGACGGUGGUGAUUUGAGCAUAAUUGGGAUUGCAGCGUACCAGCCGUUUGAUGGAAUGACUGAGCUGAAAGUGGCUAUGGCGAGUUUCAUGUCUCAGAUCAUGGGAAGAUCAGUGUCAUUUGACCCAUCGCAAAUAGUGUUAACAUCUGGUGCAACCCCUGCAGUUGAGAUAUUAAGCUUCUGUUUAGCAGACCAUGGAAAUGCAUUUCUCGUUCCUACACCUUAUUAUCCCGGUUUUGACAGGGAUAUGAGAUGGCGAACAGGAGUGGAGCUGAUUCCCGUUCACUGUCGCAGCACUGACAACUUCACUUUGAAUAUAACUGUUCUCGAUCAAGCAUACAGUCAAGCUAGAAAACGAGGAGUAAAAGUGCAGGGAGUUCUCAUAUCUAACCCUUCAAAUCCUGUGGGUAAUUUGCUUUCAAGGGAAAUGCUGUGCAGUCUUCUAGACUUUGCCCAAGAGAAGAACAUCCAUAUCAUCUCUGAUGAAAUAUUUGCCGGGUCUAUGUAUGGAAGUGAGGAGUUCGUGAGCAUGGCAGAAAUUGUUGACUCAGAAGAUUUUGAGAAGAGCAGGGUUCACAUAAUAUAUGGUCUAUCGAAAGACUUAUCUAUUCCGGGAUUCAGGGUUGGGGUUUUAUAUUCAUAUAAUGAGAGUGUGUUGGCAGCAGCUAAAAAGUUAACAAGAUUUUCUCCCAUUUCUUCUCUGACCCAGCGGCUUAUUAUUUCAAUGCUCUCAGAUACAAGAUUCAUUCAGGAAUACCUACAGAUCAACAAAAAGCGGAUAAAAGAUUUGUACGAUUUAUUUGUGGCUGGUUUACAACAAUUAGGAAUCAAGUGUGCAAAGAGCAGUGCUGGUUUAUACUGUUGGGCUGAUAUGAGUGGAUUAAUUCGCUCUUAUGGUGAGAAGGGGGAACUCGAGUUAUGGGAUAAGCUGUUGAACAUUGCCAAGAUCAAUGUGACUCCUGGUUCAGCCUGCCAUUGCAUAGAACCAGGAUGGUUCAGAUGUUGUUUUACUACUUUGACUCCAGAGGAUGUUCCUGUAGUUAUAGACCGGAUCCAGAAAGUUACUGAAACAAUUAAGUCUUCUAGUUAGUUGAAGUUUUUUAUUCAAAUUUGUUGCUUUAAAGCUCUUUGGGUGCUUUUGGCGUUGUUCUAUAAGUAGAAGCUGAUAUAACUCUGGUAGAGGGGUAUGUUGUGGAUAAUCACAGAUUUGAUAUUGAAGUUACACACACAUUCAAGCGUAGCGCGCUUGAGGUAUUUGCAUAAUACGAAAUUUGGUACAUACUGGACAGCUAUAUACUCAAGCCAAAAGUGAAAAUUAAAAUCAUCUGGAGGACUGACUGCAAGCUGCAUAGCUCGCGUAAACUCUAAGCGGUGUUUUUCUUCACAUCAGUUUAAGUGUCGGCAAGUUCCUCCUCUUGCUGUAGAGCCCUUCUAUCACCUUGAUUCCAGUUCCAAAGAUACCGCAUCCAAAACCUUUAUUCUUCAUGAGCUCCUGUCAUUGAUGCAUUCAGGAAAGAGUAACAGUUUAUGAAAUCUUGGUGCUGUCAAAGGGAAUGACCUACAGUUGAUAUGUAGAAUUCUCUUUCGUUUUCUGAAUCUAUAUGAAACUAGUAUUUGGUACAGCCAUGUUUGUUCCAGAGUAGCUUAGAAACCAAAUAAACUUUGAAAACAACAGCGAACGUAAGAGUAAGAACAGAAGUUUACCAUUGAGAGAUUAUGUUUUCUCAUUUGAACAGCUUUCCUCCUGCAAUUACUCCUUCGACUCAUCAUUAUCAGCUCUCCAAGUGUUCUCGGCCUCCUAAAAAUGGCACUGCCAUUACUUUCGCGAUCAAAAUAUGUACCCUUUGCUUCUGUUGGUGCAAGAGCGGUUUUGUCUGAUUGCCCAGUUAUUUCAAGGAAUCCAGCAUUGGCAGGAAUCAGUGGAAAGAGGCAUUCCAAAAACGAAGCCCCCACCAGGCUUGAAGCUCCAGUUGCAUAGCUGCUAGUACUGCUGCCUGAAUCUGAUGCCAGUGAGGAAGGCGUCUCAGGCCAAUCACUCUUCUCUUCUGUUAGUGUGGUGACUCUGGUUUCAUGUGCUGGAAUAGCAGUAGAAAGUGCCACGCAGGGAACAAGACAGUUUGCGAGCAGAGAAGGAGCUGAGCGAAAUGAAUCAUCUGUUUCAAAAUCAAAUGCUUCAAACUCCAAUAGAAGCAUACUUUCUUCUCCACCGCCAUUGCAAUCUUCAUGCUCACCAUCAUGAUCAUGUUGGUGAGAGGCAGAGCUUGUUGGAGGUGACGGGUAAGUGAGAAGCAUCAGCGGCUGUAGAGGAGGUACUGAUUCCAUUGUUGGUUCUGAGAAAGAUGGUAGCGGUGUUCCUGGCUUUUCUUCCCACUCAAACGGGACAGAGGCUAUAAACUUGACUGGAGGGGGCGGAAAUGAACAACUCGAAGAAAACUCUGGUUUCCAGUCUUUUUUGGCAAUUCCCGGCCUUUCUUCCCAUAGAAAUGGAACUGAAGGUGGCUCUCUUACCUGCUUCUUGUAAGAGUUUGCCAUCAGACUCAGUUGCUUGUCUACCGAUUUCGGGUGUUGCAGUGCAUGUUUUAUACCAAGGGGUUUAAGGAUUGAAGCUGGUGGGUUAGAAAUUUGCAACUAACAUUUUUCAAGCUAACUGUACCAUCUUCGAGUAGAUUAGGCACACCUGCUCUGUGUUUGUAUUAUAUUUUUCUACUUGAUUUCAACUCGUUUAAAUCUCGGAAAAUGGGUACACGUCAUCGACCACUUGUGUUUACUGUAUUCAUUCAGAGCUUAUUAGUAAUUGAUGGAUUAGUUCACUUGA